AUGAGUACCUGGAUGAACGAGUCCGCGGUCCCCAACCACAAUGGAAACGCCUUCCCGCACAUGAACGACCCGAACGCCGCCGGAGCCAUGAUGGAUCCCUCAGCCUUCAUGGGCAACCCUGCCCACUUCAACCCUGCCCAGUUUGCCAAUCCUCAACAGGCGCAGCAAGCCCAGCAACAGCAGCAGCAGCAACAGAUGGCCGCCAUGCAAAAUGGCCAAAUGCGCAAUGCAUCGCCUUCAUCCUUCCAGAACCCCGCCUAUCAAACGAAUCCCGUCAUUCCAUCCAAGCGACCUCGCCCGCGCGAAGAUAGCCUUGCCGGCUCACCGCGACAGAAUCCCGGCAUGCUGCCGACCUCGCGCUCCGAAACCCCCCAGACCUUUCCCGGCUAUCAACCCGCCGGGAUGCCUCAGCAACCCCAAGGCCAACCCUCGCCCUAUCCCCAUCUACAACCCAACGGUUCCGCCAACGCGACGCCUUCGCCCAUCAUGGCGAACCAGCUACGCCCCGGCAGCGUGCCCCAGCGAGUUGCGACCGCGUCGCCGCAUCCCUUCUCCCCCGGCGCGCAACAGUUCGCGCCCCAAGCCUCGCCGAACCCGUCCGAACAUGGCACCCCCCAACCGAACCACUACAUGCAGCAGCAGCAAAACAUGCAGAACAUGCCUCAGGGCUACAAUCCCAACUUCAACCCCUCGCCCUCGCCCGCGCGACCGUCUCCGAACCCGAACGCGAUGGCUGCCUCCGGCAUGAUGCCGCAGCAGAUGCCGCAGCAGAUGGGACAGAUGCCCCAACACAUGGGUCAGAUGCCGAACCAGAUGCUGCCCCCAAACAUGCAACCCCGAAACCCCAUGGAGCAGCAGCAGAUGGCCGCCUACCAGGCGCGGCUGGCGAAACAAUUACAACAGGGCACGAUGCAAGGGAUGCAGAACAUGCAGAACAUGCAGAUGCAGAACAUGCAAAUGGCGGCCCAGAUGCAGGCCCAGAACAUGCCCCAAGGCCGUGGUAUGAUGCCGAAGCAGCCCAUGCCCAUGCCCAACGGCCAGAUGCCCCCCGGCGCCAUGCGGCCCCAGCCGCAACAACCACAACGGCCGAUGCCCGGGUCCAAUCCCGAAUCCUUCAUGAAGUCCCUCAACAACUUCAUGGCAGCCAAGGGCCAACAACUUGACCCUAACCCGGCCAUUGGCAACCGCCCCGUCAACCUUCUAACGCUGUUCCAAUCAGUUCAGUCCAAGGGAGGUUACAAGCCUACGACUGCUGGCAACCAGUGGCCCAAUGUUUCCAACAGCAUUGGCUUCCAUCCCGGUCAGAUCCCCCAGGCGCCGCAGAUGCUGAAGGAGAUCUAUGAGAGAAACCUGCUCCGCUUCGAGGAGGCUUGGGCAGCGCAGCAAAAUCGACAGCGCAUGAUGCAACACCCCAAUCAACCAGGCAUGCCGGGCCAGCCAGGCCAACCCAUGCCGCCCGGUGCCCAGUCCCAGUCGACUCCCACCAAGCAAAUGUCCCCGCAAGCUCAGAUGCCGCCCCAGCAGCAGAUGAUGCCGCAGGGCCCACCGAACAUGCCUCCCCAAGUGCAGACUCCCGUCAAGCAAGGGUCAUUCAGCGGCCCCUCUCCGUCCGUCAACGGCUUCCAGACCCCCCAGGCGCCUGGACCGCAUACCCCGGGGCCCGGGCCGCAGGGCCACGCACGCAACAGCUUAUCGCGGAGCGUCGAGCCGACACCGGGUCACCCCCAAGGCUUCCCUUCUGCCUCUCCGGCUUCCGUCAAAGGCGGCGGCAUGCACCCCAUGACCGCGCCUCCCGGCAUGGAACAAAAUCCCAUGGCGGCCUCUAUCAAACCACGCAUGUUGCGGCUGGCUCAUGAAUCUGACGAGUAUACGCCCAGCGCCCGCCCUCUUGAGACGUAUGGCGGAAUCAACGUCAGGGCUUUCGACUUGAAGGGUUUAGAACUGCAAGGCCUGAAGCCCGAUGUUCCACCUCCCUACGAGCUCGGCUACGUCGAUCUGCAUGCCCUUACGCGGAGCUUGGAGUCCGGCAUCCACGGUGAGGUUCGGCUUGCCCUCGACACCCUGGCGGCCGUUACAGCGACCCAACACCAGGCACUGCACAUCCAUCUGAAGUACUGCGAAGAACUCAUCGAAGCACUUCUGGAGUGCGCCGAGGAACAGCUGGACCUGCUUGUGGAAAACACGGAGGAGGCCUCGGCCGAUAUCCAGCUGACCCCCUACGAGGACAUCGCGCGUGCCUGCUGGGUCGACAAGAUGGGCGUCAAGGAGCUGCCCAAGUUUGGAUCCCUCGAGUACGAGCUUGACCGCGCCGUCGAGCGCUUCUCCUGCGUCAUCACGAUCCUCCGCAACCUGUCAUUCCCCGAGGCCGUCAACGACAACCAUCUCGUGCUUGGCGACGAGCUGGUGAUCAAAUUUCUUUGCGCCGUCAUCAGGUACCUCGGCACCAGGAGCAUGCUCUUCCGGACGAACGCGAACACGCUCGAGUUUAUGAAAGACGCCGUUAUCCUAUUGUCCAAUAUCGCGGGUGCGGUUGAGAUCCCCGGUCGAGAGCAGGCAUUAUGCCUCUUGCAUUUCCUCCUGGCAUUUGCGCCGGCGCCCGGACCGACAUGUGUGGACGACAAGCUCUACUUCCCACCUUACCAGCCUGGCGUGCACACGUACACUUUCCACGCCGUGGACGCCUUGGCCAGGUUCUUGGCUAGAGACCAGCCAAACAGGACACACUACAAGAUGCUCUUCCUCAUGGAUGCCAGCAGCAGUCCGCCGUACGAUUUGCUGACGCGGUCAUUUGCUCUCGCUACCACUGUGGUUCCCAUACAAUCACCCGAAUCUGCAGUCGCUCACAUCGAAGCGCCCGAAAGGUUCUUCCGGCUCGUCGAGGAUCGCAAGCCGUGGUUGAUGCAAGGGCUCUUGGCUGCAGAUAUCCUUGCCUCGCUGGCUCCAGGGUACGAGACGGGCGUUGCGAGGUCAUGGCUUUCGAGCGGCAAUGGGUUCGCGCGAGCCUUGUACCAUUUUGUCCAAGUCUUGGAAGCACAGUUUGAACAGCCAUGGCAAACACGCAGUGGGCAAGGCGACCCAGCGGGCCGGGACACGGGGCUCGUGUAUAUUGCGACGUCGGGCAUUUCCACUUUGAGGAGGCUUGCAGAGAAGGCCCGUGAUCCCAACGAUCCCAAGUCAUCCGUCCCCGCCGAUUCGUUGCCUUCCGAGGAAAGCCUUUUCAAAAUGAUGUUGAUGCGAUCUCCGGAGUGGACAAAGGACGGCGUUAUCAAGAACCUCGUAGCAUACGCCUCGGCGGACUCUUGA